UAGUGUUUUUGGAUUAAUAAUAAUUAAGACGCAUAAUGUACAAACCACUGUUUUAACACUAUCAAGCAUUUUUUGUUUUACUUGCCUUAAACGGGGUUCAAAGCAAGACAUUAUGUUAAACAGGCCUGGCCGGCUCACCAGUGGUUAAUCCUGAACUGAAGUGUGACUGGAAAUAAUAGGAGGAGACAGAAGUAGUUGGGACUGCUGAAACAAGAUGGAGAGCGAAGACGCAAAGGGAGGCAGUUGAAUAUAACCAAGAAUGAUUUUACACGUUAUUUGCACCGUGGUAUUGCUAUUAGCAGCAAUACGUGAAGGUGUUGCAGGGUUGCCAGAACCUCAGAAUGUGAAAAUUAAGUCGGUCAACUUUAGAAGUGUGCUGCACUGGGAUCCUGUUAGCAGCGAAGCUACAGCUUAUGAUGUGGAAUACAAACUUGUGAAUGUUCAUCAAUGGAGUGCCAUUAAAGAAUGUGAAUCCACAGACAAGACAGAGUGUGACUUCACAGGCAUUAUCGAUCACUACAAUGACGUGAAGCUGCGAGUGAGGGCGCGGAGUGGGAGCAACACCUCUGCAUGGGUGGAGACUGAACAUUUUAAUCCCCUAAAUAACACCGAGUUAGGACCUCCAAGCGUGAAGUUGGAAGUAGAGUCCGGUGUGCUGUAUGUUUCCAUCUCCGACCCCCUGGAAAACAGAACAAACCAAUCAGUGAAGCACUAUUAUGCACAGCUCAAAUAUCAGGUUACCUACUGGAAGGAACAUGAAAAAAUGAUAGAGUUAGAUCCUAGUCCAAGUACAUCAAUCAGACUGGAAGAGCUUGAACCCGGUGCGUUGUAUUGUGUGGAGGUGAAAGCUGUUGAGGACUAUUACCAUAUCAAUAACCAAGUCGGCAAGCCAAGCAAAGUUGACUGCAAAUACAUUUAUGAUAAUGAUCCAACAAAAGUGGUUGUCUUCGUGGUGCUGGGUGCAGUCGUUAUCUGUCUUUUUGUAAUUGGAUGUGUCUUCCUCGUGCGCAACACCCCUGGAUAUGUCAAGGAUUUGCUGCAUCCAGCCUGGAAUGUCCCUGGCCACAUAGCAGAGUUCCUCAGUAGAUCCUCCGAGGGGCUGAAUGUCAGAAGUAUCUCCGAAGAAAAGUUUGACACUGUAUCUGUCCUUUUGGAUGACAGCAGCAGAAAUACAUCUGAACAAAGCAACAUCUAAACAAACACUGAAGAAUUAAAAAAAACAAUUUGUAUCUACCAAUACUGUGACAUUUGGGUCACCACAAUAACUGGGGGGGUUGGCGGUUAGUGGUCAGCGUUUGUCAAGCGUGUCAUAUCCAAUUUAUUUUCACACGCACUGUUUAAAAUAAUUUCUUUUUCAUGGUAAAACAGGUUUAAAAGGCACUGCAGAG